CUCCGUAGUGCCGGGUCGAUCUCGUUGCCGUUGAUAGUCGGCACCUCUGUCGGCGUUAGUUUUGCGGUUUGUCAAUCGCCUUUCACACAUCGGUGAAUAGGACAUCGCGUCCUCUCAUUUGUGCAUCCGAGGAUGUUAGUGUCCUGGAACUGACAGCCGAGGUGGCGGCAUUUUCAAUAGCCAAAACACCGUUAACGCAUUUAGUUGUUGCAGCGGUGGACAUGAGUGGGAAUUUGCUUCUUGUUUUUUGAGUUUUUCUGUUUCUUUUCUAUUUUUUUUUUAUUUUCAUUAUUCUUAGGGCUUUUUGUUCUUAUUUUCACACCCUUGAGACCCUGAGGAACCGGAUCCACAUCGAGAAAAUUCCACGGCAUGUUGAUUCUACCACAAGUGGAGAGGAGUUUAAAUUCCCAGCAUGCUCUCAUGAGGUGCCUCUGAGGCCAGGCCUGCGUCAUUCUCUCAUAAUAUUACAACAGUGAUAUGCAUGUGAGGAUCGAUGAACAAAUGUUAUCGAUGCUGCGGUGAGAUUGAUUGGAAUUCCGUAAUAAAGUGAUUAUAAGUGUAUGUAAAUCGUAUCUCGAGAGCAGUCGGGAUGUCAUCGACCGGGGAAUUCUCAACACUUUCUAGUGGUGAAGUCACUGGAACCGGAGAUGACUCUCUGCCAAGUUCACGAGAAGCUACUGCCGAAGCUUCUGGUUCCUCCGGUGGUUUUUUACCACUUGGGGAAUUCAUCGAUAGAUUCUCGUUGCCGAGGGUUGUUCGAGUGGAGGGUGGUGGGGGUCGACCUAUAUUACUUUAUAAACAACAGCAGAGAUCGCUCAGAGUCACUGCAACUCUUCUGAUGCAUCGCUAUCGACAUGACGUUAAGGUUGGACCGGAAAUUGUGAUACCGGAGGGGUACCCUGGCUGGUUCUCAGUGGUAUCCAGCAACAGUGGGACCGGAAGUGCUAGAGUUUACAGAAGAAUUGGCGCACUAGUAAGAGCCGGUGUUCCGGCAUUUCUCCUGGCGAAGCCUCUUCGGGCGUACACUCUCACUCACUCCAAAAUGGAAAACGGAAAUUUGAGGGCUCAUUACACGAAAACGACAAUUCGAGCUGGUGAAGUACUUCGAUUGGCCGCUGUCUUCCAGGACACACGAAAGUCACCGGUAUCCACUGGAGUAACUGCCGUAACAACGGGUAUCUCGGAGAAAAAAAAUUCAAGGUCAUCAGAGCGUGAUCAGUACGCACAGUGUCUGGAUUCUCAGGGUCAUGAACUCUUUGCACCGCUAUCAUCACGCGGUGAAUUUUACGCUACCUGUCAGAGUGGCAGCCUCGACACAGGUAGCGAUGCAGUCCUCUACAGAGUGCAUCAACUUGCCAGAAGAGAUUUACCCCUACGAGUGCGGCUUGUCGCUGGACCCCUGCCGGUUCCUCUACCGAGGGAUUACACCGGAUUGAUGCAACUCGAGUGUGCGACAAGAGGCCCCAUCGUGCUCGGUUGUGCUGUGCCUUUACUACCUGAGAGACCAUUACCAAGUGCAACUGUACCAGAAUUAUUGGAACUUGUGGCAACUGGUCCUGGUGCACCUAGGGUUAAACGAGCGAGACUUGGCUGUCCAUCCGAAACGCGACUCCUUGCAUCACCCAAAAUGCAGAGGUUGUUGAGCGCAUGCAGGCAAGCACUGGAUCAGAGAGCAACGGAGCCUAGAGUAGCCCCUCCAAAACCAGCGGCUUCAAGUAUCCAACUGAAAGAGCUCCACCUAAAAGAAAUAAAAUCAAAACCAGAAUCAAAACCCAUCCUCCAAAGUCUAAAAAAUGGCAUCGAACAAAUAAAAAAAACGACAAUUCGCGAUCGCAGUAAUUCCCGCAGUAGUCCGACGACACCGAGUUUCCUGGAGCGACUAUCAAGGAUAACUCACGGUGGUAGAAGUAGAAAUCCCGCAAAAAAAUCAGCGUCAUUCACAUUUGCCAUACGUCCUGAAAUUGGUAUGAGGUCAGCGGAGCGUUACGCAAGCCUGGAAUCGGACGCCAAUGCACUGGUAUCAGGUAAAGGUAUAACAGGCUGCCCAUCGAGGCAACAGGUACAGAGAUCAGUAUCAACUAGUGUACUGGAGGUGCAGCAGACUAGAGACUUGGAUCCACCCUAUUCAAAGGUCAGGGACAGCUUGACCCCACUUCCACCAACUCCACCACCCAAGCCUGAGGAUAUCUACACCGAGAUCUGCGAGCCAACGGACGAUCGAUCUAGAAUGAAUCGAAGUACAUCGGAAGCCAAGCCACAGCCACACGGUAAAACUGGUACCAAUGAGAAAGAUCGGGGUUACGUCAAGUUGGCAUCGCACACGGAAAUAUCAGACGUGUCAAACAGCCCUGAGGACGAAGAAGGAAUAUACAAUACUGUUUGCUGAUGGGUUACUCUUCGCCCCAACAUUUCCACUCCAUUUUCCAUAAUUGAGAAAAGGUCAAGGCCAACGGGAAGCAAUUGUAACCGACGAGAGAGAUUUCGUGACUCCCUCGAUCUACAUAUACCGAUAAACGUUCAAUCAAUUAAGUCGUUACGGCUCCCUGACUCUUCCUGUCCUUUGGCUAUUCUACGUAAUAUACUAUCCUCAUGUACACAAACCACCAUCAAGAAUUUACACAGGUUUGCGUGACGCUUGCGAUACACCUUGGAUGUAUGAUUACGACAUGUGUACUUGGCUGGUAUUUUAAACGCCCUCGACCCGACCAGCUAAACUACUGGGUUCGCGUAAGAACGUGAAUCUUAGUCUAUCCCUCAGCAUUUUCUAUCUUUCUCGUUCAUGUGAUUGAUCCUAUCCCGAGCUUGCGCCCCAAGGAUAUCCAUGUGUAUGAUGUCAGUGGAAAUUUCAUGGAAAUGGGGGUGGAAAAAUGAUACCUUUUGUAUUGACAUGUUCCACAGGACACCAUCAAAUCAUUGAGUUGUAAUAUUUGUAUGUUAUGUACAUUCUCAGAAAAUAUUCAUUUAAUAAAUAUCAUUAAUGAAGUAAUAAUUCAUCUUUACGCUGUUAAUAUCAUUUUU